AUGGCCGAGGUCAUCGACCCGGAGACUGCAGUCCUCCACAUACCCAAGAUGAUCCGGCAGGAUGAGUACGGCUACCGCACCAGCGUUGAGGCAAAGGAUGUCGCUCCGCUCAGCCACAUGCCCCUCAACGAGCCGUUUCAUAUAUCCAGACCAGGCACAGCAGCAUCCUCAUUCGUCCUCAAGCGGUUUGCGGAGGGCUACUACAUCUGCUCUUGCCCCGCUUGGAAGUUCAGCACGGAGCGAGACAAGAUGCGCAAGACUUGCCAGCACCUCAUGGAUGUGCUCGGAGAAACUUACGAGACGGAGCGUAUCUCUCUUGCUCAAGAGGCCAAAAGCACCAUCUGGGAGAUCAACAAGUUCCGCAGAACCACCUCGCAGGGACAUCACACCCGCCACAUGCACGCCAAAGGUGUGCUCGACGACCACUUUCGUCAGCUCUCGCAAAGCCAACCCGAGCCAUCCACAUCAAACUUGGAAAAGGCCAAGGACCCCUCAGCCUCAGAAAAAGCAGGCAGCGAAGCAGGUCCCAGUAAAACCUCGCAGCGUCGCGCCAAACCGGCCAACGACAGCGAGACAGAGACCGAGACCGAGGACGAGAUUCUCCACGAAACCCAGCCGACACGUGCAGCUUCGCCCUCGCCCGCGGUCCCGAAGCCUGCAACAGCUGCUGCUUCGCUGAGUAGGUCUCGACCUGAUGACCAAGAUGAAGACGAGGACCGGGACGCAUUCGACCCUGACAGCGUACACGCGUCGCCCUCAAAGCGUGCCAGGCGCGGUAGAGCUUCAGCGUGCGACGACUCCGACGACAAGAUCUCUUUGCUUUUAGCGAAACCGUGGCUGUUGGAAGCCGACCCAUCCAAGCCUCGAUCCAAAGCCAUGGAUCCCACCAACUGGUGGGUUAGCGAGAAGCUCGACGGGGUGAGAGCUUUCUGGGACGGUCAGAGGCUCUACUCUCGUCAGAAAAUCGAGUGGAACGCACCGACAUGGUGGAAAGAGCGCCUGCCGAAAGACAUCACUCUCGACGGCGAGCUGUGGAUGGCGAGGGGCAUGUUCUCUCAGACGUCGCAAAUUUGCCGUACAACUGUAAGAUUGGGCCGCUUGCGAACCUUUACCCACUUUCUCCAACGCGACUCGAUGGAGCGCCAGUGGCUGCGCGAACAGCUCGGCGGGCGACUCGCAAGCCAACAUCGCCUGCUGGCCGCAAAGUCCGCAGCGACAUGCAAGGCGCUCGGCCGGGCCGACACCGGCGCUUCUGGCAGUGCGGUCCCAUCGGCAUCUGCUUGGAAGACGCUCAAGGCUUCCGUCUUCAAAGCCAGCGCACGCACGAGCAAAAGAGCGUUGCGACGCGAGCUCCAGCGGAGCCCGACUGAGCGCGCAGUUCUGCCGCGCUCCUUGUUGCUAGCCUUGUUCGGCCGGUCGCUCGACCCAUCGAGCGAGUCAAAGUCAGCGAAUGGUCCGAGGCUCGCUCGUCGGCGUCCUGUGAUUGUAAAGCGAUGCCCCUGGUGCGGCAAGAUCCUGCAGCGACGACGGACACAGCCAUCGUCUGCCGGCGAGCCGGCAUCGAGUGACCCGCCGCGUCGAGACUCUGCCGUCCGGGUGCGCAGGACGAAUGCUGAUCAGCUUCCAUUCGUUCUUCCUCUGAUGUCCACCUCGACCUUCAAUCCCCCUCUCGAUGCCGGCCCCGUCAACACCACUCCAUCUUCGUCCCGCCGGCCGCAUCCCUAUGCGCUGCUCGGUUCCCUGCGGUCAAUCAACACGCAUGUGUGUCGGCGCAAAUCAAAGAGCUCGAGCGAGUGGAAUCGGAUCAAAUUCAUGAUUUUCGACUCGCCAUCGAUGGGCUCGAGGCCGGUCGAGGAGCGAUGGGCCGAGCUCGAAAAGCGAUUCGGAUCGACCGAUGGUCUCGAUAUCGAUGCCAUUCACGGAUCGUCGAUCAAGCUAGUCCAGCACGUCAAAUGCGAGGGCCGCGACCACUUGAUCGAACUGAUGGAGACUGUCGAGUCGAAAGGCGGAGAAGGCCUGAUGCUCCGACAACCGGGCUCCAAGUACGAAGGCCGCAGAGGCAACACACUGUUCAAGCUCAAGUCAUGGUACGACGCCGAGGCCGAGGUGAUCGGCUACGCGAACGGCACCGGUAGGCACGAGGGACGCACCGGCUCGCUCGUCGCGCGCAUGGAGUGCGGUACCGUCUUCCGUGUCGGCACGGGCCUCUCGGACGCCCAACGAGACAAUCCGCCCCCGAUCGGUAGCAUCAUCAACUACCGCUUCUUUGAGCUUAGCGAGGAUGGCUAUCCGCGAUUCCCAGCCUUCCGCGGCAUCGCCUGGGACAAGACCCGGCCCAAAGAUGCAGUGCUCAGGCCACGAGCGGGUGUCCCUGAAGACCGUGAUGAGUAG